ACUAGUGUUUCUCUAUUGUUCUUGUGGUUGUUGACACGAUGGAAAUCAACAAGCUAUUGAACAUUGUCUUUCCCCCUCUACUUAUAAUUGCACUUGUUUUCAUCUUACCGCCAUUUCUUGUUUUCAAGCUUCUUUGUUCCAUUCAAAGGUUUGUGUACAAAGAAAACGUUGCCGGUAAAGUAGUACUCAUCACGGGAGCAUCUUCGGGCAUUGGUGAGCACCUUGCUUAUGAGUAUGCUAGAAGAGGAGCUCGUUUGGCCCUCGUAGCCAGAAGAACAGAUCGUCUUCAAAAAGUAGCUGAGAGAGCCCGACAGAUGGGGUCCCCCGAUGUAAUUGUGAUCACUGCAGAUGUAUCCAAGGUCGAAGAUUGUAAGCGAUUUGUUGACAAGACGGUGAACCACUUCGGGCAGUUGGACCAUCUGGUGAACAAUGCUGGGGUUGGUGCCGUGCAAUCUUUUAAAGUAACCAACAAUAUAUCUGAUUUUGUCCCUGUUAUGGACACAAAUUUUUGGGGUUCAGUGUACGGCACCCAUUUUGCAGUUCCACACCUGAGAAAAAGGAGAGGGAAGAUGAUUGUGAUGUCCUCAGCUUCUGCCUGGCUCGGCCUUCCAAAAACUAGCUUCUACGCUGCAAGCAAGGCAGCUCAAAUUGGUUUCUAUGAGUCAUUGAGGAUUGAAGUUGGUCCAGAAAUCGGAAUAACCAUUGUCACUCCUGGAUUUGUUGAGUCAGAAAUGACCCGAAGCAAUCAACAAAGAAAGGGUAAGCUCCAGUUUCUCGGAAACGAGCCAGCGGAUGUCUGUGCCAAGGCAAUUGUUGAAAGCACUUGCCGAGGAGACAUGUACCUGACAGAGCCAUUCUGGGUUAGGCCAUUGUAUCUUCUAAAGGUACUUUGUCCUGAGAUAUGGGACUGGGCUUGCCAGUUGCUACUUGUCCAUAGAAGAAGGACGGGGGAUAAAAAAGCAUAGCCGGCCGGACUGUCCUAAAUUAGGAAGGGAAACCCUGCUUCAGCAAUCUGCCUUCGAAGCUUGAAUAUGACUAUCUAGCUUCUAUUUUGUAGUUCAAUCUUUGGAUUAAAACAUUUUUCUUUCUAUCCUCCCUACCAACGGCUCCUCAAUAAUAGACAUAGGGAAUACUUCGGUUCUAGUGUACAACCAAAAUGUUACUUCAAUCUCACAAUAGUGUAAACAAAACUCUUGGGCUUCAAUGAAAGUAAUGCACGCAUGAGUUGUCUUGGCCUUUA